AUAUUUCCGUGAAGUGUGCGUGUAGAAUAACUUAAUUCGCCUUUUCACUCCUAAACAACGUGAUUUUAAAAAUAUUUUGGCAACGGGCAAAGUCUACAAAACUUUGUCCACUCUGUUAAAAACUGAUUUUAGUUUUGGGAACAGAAAACUGUAUUGAGAUCAAAUGUUUCAUCGAUGAGAAAAUUAGCAGAAUGAUUUUGGACGACAUUCUCCUUCCAUCUUCUCCCACAGCUGGCCACUGGGCUUCCUCUCAAUACUACAUUUGGUAGUGAACGGAAACGCCAAGCGGAUGCUUCACAUGUAUACAUCAUGUAAAAUAUCUAUCUGUGACAUACCUGUUACAGAAGCGGUAAAUCGAAAACGGCUGUCAUCAGGAAAUAGAUCUCGGGAACCGGACCGGCUAAAUGGAGAACAGCGCAGGGGACACUGUACAACAACGCGACGAUAAUACAGAAAGUAAUUCAUCCAGCGACAUGGAAGACACUUGCAUGUUCUGUAUGAUUGCUAAAAACCAAGACAAGGACACAGAAAUUGUUAAACAGGAUUCUGAACUAGUCUGCUUUCAGGACAUUAACCCCGCUGCCCCACAUCACUACCUGGUUGUGCCAAAAAAACAUAUAGUGAGCUGCUUCUCUCUCGUUAAGGAGCACGUAAAGCUAGUUGAGAGGAUGGCUGAGAUGGGGAGGGCUGUGUUGCAGGAAAAUGGCAUUACCAAUCCAAAUGACAUCAGGAUGGGGUUCCACAGACCUCCAUAUAUCUCUGUACCUCACCUCCACCUCCAUGUCCUCGCCCCGACAAGUGAGAUCACUGACUGCAUGGCACACAAGUUCACACCAGGCACAAUGAGGUUCGCCACAGAGGAUUUAUUGCGCAGGACCCUGGUCAGUGGAGUGGACCCAGAUCAUUAUCUGGUGCUUACAUGCAUCAGUGGGAGCGGGCUCUCUGAAUGAGGUGCAGCCUGUCUGCGGGGUCAGAGAUGUGAAAAUGGGAGAAUUUAGCGAAAAGUGCUAAACCCAUACUUUUUUAAUGGAUAAGUUUAGCUAUUUAGGGUCCUAAACUCACAAUUAUGAAAACAUAGUAUAGUCUAUCAAAGAAUAUCAAUACAUUUGUAUAUUAAGACAUCUGCUCCAUUUUAUUUUUUUACUCUGAAGUUCACUAAAUAAUUAAUAAACCUGAUCAGUUCACU